UUCUCCCCCAUCUCCAUUGAUUUUUUGUGGUUCACUCUGGUUCACUGUUCCAAAAUUAUUAUCUGAGUCUUCUUCUCUUUCUUCUCCUCUCCUCCUCCUCUUCCUUCUUCUUUUGCCCUUAUUAUCGCGUGACCAUUCCCAGUUCUGUUCUUGUGGUUGAAGUGACGUUCCUAUCGGUAACUACCCAGUAGUCUGGAACUAAUCUAUCUCUCUAUCUCUCUCUUGCUUCGUCCUCCGCCAUGUCCCUGAAACCUUCCUCCUGAGCGUGCCCCUACGCCCUACUUUCCGAGAGUAUUUGACCCUCACUGAAUUGGUUUGGUCUUGCUUCGUCUUGGUUCUAAUCGCGACGCCCAGCUCUUUCCCACGCCCUCCUCGCCCUCCCCGCAUCGCCCUAUCGUCGACAGUCAAACGUCUGCCGCUCACCGUCUCCAUUGCUCCACUUUUCUUAUCGAACAGAAAGCUGGGAGUUCAUCCGUUCUGCACCCCCUUCCACUUCGCCAUGGACCAAGGGCAUUCCCUGCCCUGGUCGGACAUUCCUCCGUCCAACGACGAUGAAUUCACCAACUUUCUCGAGUUUGGAAUGCAGUUUCCCGACGUGGACAGUCAACCUCAAUCGGACCAUCACGUCUCUCGUCCAUUGAUUCACGCUGCCACCAUGUCUUUGCCCGUCUCGACCGCCGCUGCGCAAGAGCAAUUGGUUAGCUUGGAUACUGGCGGCAUGACUGCGUCCGCUUCGUCGUACAGCCCCAUGAUCAACAACGAUUUCGCCCUGGACCUUGCCCAUCACGGACAACAAGGUCAGCCACAUGGCUCGUCCUUCUCGACCGCGCCAAUGCCCCCGGCCUUUUAUGCACAUAAACCACCCAUUUACCAUCCUCAUCAGCACCCACCAGUGCCGGAUCAGUCACACUCGUUAUCGCAAUCUAGACAGUCCAUGCCCCAAUCCUUUGUCCCGCAAGGCAGACCGGUCAUUCCUCCCACUCCGAACAGUGUCGAGUUUCAUGGAAAUGCUGCUACAUUCCCGCAGCGGGCGGACGACACUCGCGAAGUUUACGAACGGUUUACCCGUGUGAAUGAUGAACAGGCUCUUUACACCCCGCUUGUCUCGCCAGCCAUGACGCCGUUGGAAGCUCAGUUUCGUCUUCCUGAAUACACGAUUCCUGGAGAGUACUUCACCCCCCUCACUUCACCAGCUCUCGAGGCGCAGAACACGAACUCAAGCAGCUAUCCUUUCCAUUCCAGCCAGGUGUCGGAGCUGGGGUUUGUCCCUUCACCUGCCGACAAUCCCCUUACCAUGGCAUCCAAUCAGUCGUCCCCGGGGCUGAUACGGAAACAUCGCCGACAGCCGUCCAGCACCAAGUCCUUCUCGGCCCGUGCGAAAAAGCAGCAAUCGCCCUCUGUUCGGCCACAAACACGCAAAAAGUCUUUGAUGAGCCUCAAUGCCGACGAGCUUUUGAAUAGCCUCAAUCAAGAACAGGUUGCGAAUGCCACCCAAGCCUCCGGCGAGAGUGGACUUCUUUAUGCCAGCAAUGAGAGCUCCGGUCAAGAUUCGGUCUCGCCAGAGCCUCUCUCUGAGCCCUUAAUGCCCCCGCCUGCUUUGCCUCCCUCGCGGAGAUCGCCGGCCGUUCGCCCUCAGCCAGCUCGACCCUCAGAACCAAGUGAACCUGCGACGCCGGCAAUGCUCAUGCGCAUUCAACGGUCACCGCUUUCGACCAGUCAAACAGUCCCGCGAUCGAAUUUCACUAUCUCGGAACCCCAUGACGACGUAAUGGAAGAUGUGGUCCUCCCCGAGGCCGCAGCUUCGCUGGCUCCUUUUACAAGACCGCAGGUGGCCCGUAUCGAAACUACGGUGCAGGCAAACUCAGCUUCGUCAGAAAUCUCAGGAAGUACGACUCCAGCUCUUGAGCCGAAAUCUGCUCCGGUCGUUAACCGAAACACCUCCUUGGCUCCCAGCCCUCGCUCAAUUGCCAUGCCUUCGCCAAGCGGCCCACUGCCCAAGAAAUCGGACACACCUAAACUCGGUCCGAUAGGGCGGAAGCGACAGAGCUUAAGUUCCUCGCAAGCUAGUCCCAGCCUGCGUCCCAAAAUUAGUCCUAGCAUCCAACCGCUAGUCCGUGGAGACGGUAGGUAUUCCCUUGCCUCACCAUUAGUUUACGACUCAGCUGAUCGGAUUCUGCUUCCAGCAAUAUCGAGCGAAACAUCGGCUCUGUACUUGGCAUCGAAGUCGAACUAUCAGCACAUUCUGGACGGCACCCUUCUGCCUGGCGUCUCCUAUCCCGAGACCUUAGCAGAGAAUCUCAGCUCGAAGCGGACCAACCACAAAUUGGCCGAACAGGGACGAAGAAACCGCAUCAACAACGCACUCAAGGAAAUAGAGACACUCAUUCCUCCGUCAUACAUCCAAAUGAAACAUGCUAAGGAGGCCGCUGCCUGUCCCCUCAAGGGAGCUGACAAUGAAAAAGAAAAAGAAAAAGAAAAAGCCAAUAAUCAACCGAUCAGCAAGGCCAGCACGGUGGAGAUGGCAAUUGAUUACAUCAAGAGCCUUCAGCAGGAGCUUGAAGAGACUAAGGACAAGCUGAAUGCCGCGGAGAGUCGUUUGCGAAACUCGGAAGCCAAGUCGAAGCAGGCCAACGCAACCGCAGGCGUGGAGAAUUGAUUCUUCGCCUCAGGUAGAUAUCGAGAUUGUAAGCUGUAUUCCCGGUGGCGGUCUCUGCCCCCCAGCAAUAUGAUAUCCUGAGGGUUGCAUACUGCUACUGAACAGGAAAGGUAUAUGACAAGAAGAGAAGUUCUAUUUACACCUACAUAUAUGGUGUAGCUUGUGGGAUGUGCUUUGUAGCCUUCUCCCAGGAAUCUUGUUUCGUUACAUGGUGUGGUGAACGUCUGAUCCGGCGUACCCGGGUACAUGUCUCGCUUACGGAGACAAUGGGGAAUUACUGAAUAUAGGGCAUAUGAAGUGGCAUCGGUGGGUAGAAAUAUAUUAC